AUGGACAAAGUGAUCAAAGCCCAAAUUCACGAAAACAGCAGCGCUAUGGCUUCGGUGAUGCCACCUACGCAAACGAGGUUUGCAGAUAGCGAUGUGCAUGACUUGAUAGAAGGCUAUCGACCGCGGGGUGUGCAGCGAGGAAACCUGAUCACCGUCAAAUCUGAAGAUGGAGAUGCAGAUAGUGAUUGA